UGAAUAACAUCGAGUUAUAUUCGAUUUGAAGAAGGGAUUUGACUUUGAUCCGGUACCACACCCUACCCUUGGCUGCAUUGGUAUACUUUUCCAGUUAAAUCGGACACAAACGCUGAUCAGAUCGCGAUUAUCUAUCUCUCGACUCAUAUAUUCGGAUCGAUUAAAUAUAACACAAUAAUAUUAACAGCAUAGUUUGUUAGAAUCAAAACAAGCAGUACAGCUAUCUGGAUAUAAGCAGAUGUUGUUUUUUUUGGUGGAACCAACAAGAUUGAAAAUAAUUCUACAAAAUGACAGUUCCAUUCAGGAUUCCUACUACUGAUUUGGAUUAUUGUUUAGAACAACUUUUAGAACAUAAACCUCCCAAGAUUUUACCGUCAGAUACUAUUCAGCAAUUAUGUCAUACUUUGAAAAGUCAGUUGUUGGCAGUCCCCAAUAUCAUGCCACUCCAAUCACCCAUAACGGUAGUGGGGGACAUUCAUGGACAGUAUCAUGAUCUUUUAGAGAUUUUUCAAAUUGGUGGAUCACCACCUAAUACCAAUUAUUUAUUUCUAGGCGAUUACGUUGAUAGAGGAUACUAUUCUGUGGAAACAAUUUCCUUGUUGAUUGUUUUGAAAUUAAGGUAUCCUGAACGGAUUUUUUUAAUUCGUGGUAAUCAUGAAUCGAGAACAAUUACAACCAAUUAUGGGUUUUAUUCUGAAGUUUUAAGUAAAUAUAAUGGGUCUAUUGAAGUUUGGUCCUAUAUAACCGAUUUAUUUGAUUAUUUACCAUUGGGUGCUACUAUAGAUGGGAAAAUUUUUGCUACUCAUGGAGGAUUAUCACCAAGUUGUCAACAAUUAGAUCAAAUUAGAACCGUUGAUCGCUUAAAAGAAGUUCCUCACGAUGGUAUCAUGGCAGACUUGGUCUGGUCUGACCCUGAUCCAGAAAUUAUGGAUUUUAAAUUAUCUCCAAGAGGUGCAGGUUAUUUAUUUGGCUAUGAUGUUAUGCAAAAAUUUUGUCAUGAUAAUGAUUUAGUACAAUUAAUUCGAGCCCAUCAAUUGUGUAAUGAGGGCUACGUUAGUUAUUGGCAAGGCAAGUGUCUAACAGUGUGGUCUGCUCCAAAUUACUGCUAUAGAUGUGGUAAUAAGGCUAGUGUUUUGGAAAUUUUAAGCUCAAAUUACCUGAGUAAAGAAUCAGAUUCUAAUGGAUUAAAAGGUAAAGUAAAUAAACAAGGUGUGCUACCCGGUCAAUACUUCAAUGUUUUUGAAGCCUCUCCAGAAAAUAACGAAGAUACUUCCAGUGGUAAGAGUGUUAAUGGUAUCAAUUCAAUCGAUAAUAACACUGGUGAAAGAGACAUUUUCCAAAGCUUCUUCCAGGAGAAACCCAAUAGACAAUACAUUGACUAUUUCUUAUAGCCUUCUUCCAUUAUGACCCAAUAUUCAUUCAGCAUUCUUUUUGCAUUAUUCAUGUCCCGUUUUUUUCAUUCGUUGGCUUGUAUUAUUACUUUCAUUUCAUC